AUGCCUCUUGUCGUUCCUGGAAUCAACACCUCGAUGGGCGACAAGUCCGAGUGGAUCAACAAGCUGAUGGGAAAGACGAUCAGCGACACCAGCAAUGAAACAAAUUUUGCAAAGAAAGACCUUCCCGAAUGUCACCGGGUAUUGAAGCCGGAUGAUAUGAAGACCAUGGAUCAUAACCCGAAUCGACUCAAUGUUCAUGUCGACGGCGAGGGUGCUGUUCGUGAUGUGAAUUUCGGCUAG